GCUUCCCGUCGUCCUUCAGUCUCGCGAUUGGAGGUUGCACCGUUGGCGGCGCCGAAUUUCAAAUUUUGAACCGUCGGCAGCAGCGUGAGGAGGGUGGAAGAGUCGGACCGACCGACUGAUCGGUGGGAGCUCGUCGGGUUGUCGUGUCACGCAGGCACCAUGGACCCGUUCACCGAGAAAUUACUUGAACGAACUCGGGCUCGACGAGAGAAUCUGCAGAAGAAAAUGGCUGAGAGGCCCACAAAAGCUGUUCGGCAAAUUGGAAAAAGAUCCAGGGACCCUUUGUCUGAGGCUAGCAACCAGCCAUUGGAAGCCACUGAGGAAGCAAAAAUAUCAACCAAACCUUCUCCAUCUAAAAAACGCUGUUCAGAUAAAAUGGAAACCCCAAUCCAAGAGGUAGAAAACAAGGAACCAAAAACUCCCAUGAUUGAAUCUGUUGCACAGUCUCCACCUGCCAUCAAUCCUGUUGCACAAUCUCCAUCUCUGAUUGCUACUGUUGCACAACCUUCAAGUCAACCUAGGCGAUUAACUAGGGAACAGGAAGAGCAGAAGGUGAACCAAGAUGCACUUCCAGUUACAUCCCUGAAGAAUCGAAUGCAAAAGCUGGCACAGCAGUUGCGUGAAUGGGACUCUGAAGGUAAUGAAAUUGAUUCGCCUGUAUCGCCUGCACAGUCAUGGAACUCCGUUUCACCUCCACCUCAGCAGACAGUAACUACUGUUGAGUCUAAAACUCCAGCUGGAAGGAGAGGACGGUUUGCAAAUCUUGCUGCAGCAAUUAACUCCUGGGACGAUGACUUGAGCCAUCCGAUCAUUAAGCAUAACAAGUCACCAGGACAGCCUGGUACUGCUUGUUUACCAGCUUCCUCUGUAACAAACAAAGCUCCAGCUACUAUUGAAAGCAGCAGUAUUAACCAGCACGCUGUAAUUUCCCCACAACGACCUCUAGAAAAUACAGUUAAUAAAACAACCUCUACUGCCUUGCAGGAAACAGUUCAGUCUAAUAUCCAUUUACCGAAGGUGAUUCCACCCACUUUAAGGAAAACUGAAGAGAAUAGGUCACCUUUACCUAAAGAGGCACUUGCCCAGCAUCAGCUCCAACCAGGUCCAAAGAAAACUGAGGAGGCCCAGUCAUUAGCAGCAAAAGUGAUCAUUUCCCAUUGUCAGAGCCAAUUUAGAGAUCAACCAAAAAAAGAUUCAACUGCUCAGGCUCAGCCUGGAGGCAAUCUGACCACUCCAGGUGGUUCAGGGGUCAAAUCUUUUCUGGAACGUUUUGGUGAGCGUUGUCAACAACACAGUGGGUCAAGUCCUGCUCCAUCCACUCCUGGACAGAGAACUCCCAAUGUUACUCCCAGCACAAAAGCAAUCCAGGAGCGGCUACUUAAACAGCAGGAGCUUUCCACUACAGCAAAUCUAACUCAGCAACUUAAACAGGAGCGUGAAAAAGAGCUGGCAAGUAUUCGCAAUCGGUUUCAGAGAAACAACUUGUGGAGUGCUGAUAAGAAAAGAGAAAAUUGCACCUCCAAUCUGCCUGAGGAUUCUAGUGAACCUCUCCUUAGGUCCUCUGAGCAGAACAGUGCAGAAGUUCACAGAACCCAGAUGAGUACUCUGCAGCAUUCACCUGAAUCAAUAUCAGAACCAAACACAAAGUCGCCACUUGAGUCUGCAUUAACAGGGGUGCAUGAACCUUCGUCUGUGAAAGUAUCUAGCGCAGAAUCUGCAGUUACUUCCAAAGAGCAAAAUGAGAGGGACGUGCCCAAUAAUCAUGCAAAAUUAAGCCCUUUCCAAAAGGUGUCCAUUGUUUCUGAGCAGCUGUAUAUUGCGGUAGAUAAAGGAGAAAAGGAGAAUAGUGAAAGAAGUACAUAUAAAGUUGAAAUGGUACGCGAGAUUGAGAUGAGUGUUGAUGAUGAUGAAGAGAUUAACAGUUCUGAGGUCAUUAAUGAACUGUUUGAUGGUGUUCUGGAAGAAGAAGAAGAAGAAGAAGAAGAUGAUGGUGAGAUGAAUGAGAAAAAGGUGUGCAACCAAGAAACUGAAAGUGAUCUAGAGGAGAAAAAUGAUGAGCUAAAUAUAUCCUCAAUGUCACUCCUUACGCCAUUGGCAGAAACAGUUGAUGCAGUCACAAAUCAAGAGAAGUAUGGUAAGCCUUCAAGCAAUGUGAAGGAGGGCAAAUGCCAGCUAGAAUCCAUAACCAGAGCAGAGUCAGCUGACAAUGUAGGAUCUUCAACUGAUGAUCACAAAUUGCUAUACAGUAUUGAUGCCUACAGGUCGCAAAGAAUUAAGACUAUUGAGCGUCCUUCAGUGAAGCAAGUCAUUGUCCGUAAAGAGGAUGUUUCUCAAAGACUUGAGGAAAAAAUUAAAGCAACUCCAAGUUCAAUUAGCAUAAAACAGAAGAUGAAGAAUCUGAACAAUGAAAUAAAUAUCCAGCAAAGUGUUAUCCACCAGGCAAGCCAGGCUUUAAACUGCUGUACAGAUGAAGAUCAUGGGAAAGGAUCUCAGCAGGAGGCCGAAGCCGAGAGGUUGCUACUGAUUGCUAGUGAAAAGAGGUUGGCACUUCUUGCUGAAUUAAACAAACUAAAAGGUGAAGGAGUGCCUGCUCAUAAGAGAGGUGGCCAUACAGCAAAAUCAACUGGUGACUUUGCUCCAUCUAGAGGCUGUAUUGCACUUUCAGAAAUCCGCCUUCCUUUAAAGGCAGACUUCAUCUGUUCAACAGCUCAGAAAACUGAUGUUACCAACUACUACUUUUUUAUGCUAAUUAAAGCAGGAGCUUUAAAUAUCGUGGCGACACCGUUGGCCUCCAUCCAAAAUGCACUAUGUGGCGAUGCAAUUAGUUUUCCCACAAAGUUCACUCUGCAAGACGUCUCAAAUGAUUUUGAAAUUGAGAUAGAAGUUUAUAGUCUGGCAUUGCACCGGGAAAGUGGCAUUACAGAUAAGAAGAAGAAACCUAAUAAAUCUAAGUUUCUGUGCAAAAUGUCUGCGCUUCAUCUGGGAGUAUUUCAUUACUUUCGAGAACUGAUUUGCUCUUUGGCCAUUACUCCAAAGAGGCUAUUGACUUCAAUUACAAAGAGCAACUUACACACACCAGCUUUGGUAAGUCCUGGAGGCCCCAAUGCAGUGCGCACCAGUAAUUUCAGCAUGGUUGGAUCCCACAAAUUCUCGCUCACUUCUGUAGGAAAUUCUAAAUUCCAACUGGAUAAGGUUCCCUUCUUGUCUCCUCUUGAAGGUCACAUAUGUGUAAAAUUGCAGUGCCAGGUUGGUUCCAUGAUUGAGGAGCGUGGAUUUUUGACCAUGUUUGAUGACGUUAGUGGUUUUGGAGCAUGGCAUCGACGCUGGUGUGUCUUAUCUGGAAAUUGCAUCUCAUACUGGACCUAUCCAGAUGAUGAAAAAUCCAAGCAUCCACUUGGCCGUGUAAACUUGGCUAAUUGUACUAGCAGAAGAAUAGAGCCAGCUAACCGUGAGUUCUGUGCUCGACCCCACACAUUUGAACUCAUCACUGUAAGGCCUCAGCGAGAAGAUGAUCGAGAGACACUUGUUAGUCAAUGCAAGAACACUCUCUGCGUCACCAAAAACUGGCUGUCUGCUGAUACCAAGGAUGAACGCAAUCUCUGGAUGCAAAAGCUGAACAGAGCUUUAGUUGAUCUGCGGACCUGGCAACCAGAUGCCUGCUACGCGCCUCAUAUCCUGUUGAAGGAGACUGAAGACCGUUAUUAACCAGGUUUAUUUACGACUUAAUCUCUCAUCCUGCAAUGGAAUGAGUAUUGAACAAGUGCAAAUAUGUAAUGAAACUUUUUGUAUCUUAUAUGUUACUGAAUAGUCAGGGCACUGGCAAAAAAAAGUGUUUGAAGAAAAUCUUUUUAAGCAAAGGUGUACAGAUUAGUCCAGCAGCAACAUUAUUAGGUGAGAGGGAAGAUAGCAAAUCAUUUUGGAGAACCCUGACUAUCUAAUAAUGUUUCAUGAAAAUCAUCAUUGCCUUGAACUUAUUCUUUCAUGAUUGAAAAGGUAUUCCAAACUUCUCUUGAAGACCUGAUCAUAUCUGCAGGAGUACCUUUCAUGAGUGGGAUUUUGCCUUAUACAGUUUGGCUUUGAGAUUACUUUUAAGAAACUACAGAUAGCAACUAUUUGUUGGUAAGUGGAGAUGGAGUUAGGAACCAAAACGAUUAGAUCUACAUGGAUUGUUAAUUGUGCUGCUGCUCUUCAUCAGCCAACGCUUGUCUUUAAGGGUGAUUAUAGGUCUUACCCUAAUCCCUCCUCCAUGGGGAACAUCCCCCAUUUAUUAGUCCAUCCAAGAGCUUAGCAAAGUUUACACACAAGGUCUAUUUGUGCUGUCGUCAAGACUUCCAAGGUUGUUGCCCUGGCCCAUGGAUUGAUUCCUGAAAAUGUCACGUUGAAAUAUACAAACAGACGUUUGUGUAGACUGCAGUUUGAUGCACGAGAGGUACCAGAACACACUAUGCAAUAAUGUCUUUCUAAUUAUGCUGCUAUAUAUUACCUGCUUGAUGCUUUCAGGCUAUGACAUUAACUUUAUCAAAAAAAAACUUUAAUAUGAUUUAACCUAAAAGGAAUUGGAUGGACAUUUUUUUUGGAGAGUUUGAUUAAAUUCCAACAUUUGUAAAUGUUUAUUUUGAGCAUCAUUGUUGAUUCUUUUAAUCUAGUUUUUUAAAACUAUGUCCAGGCCUGUUUUUUGUUCUUUGCCUUUUAAUUAAGCUAUUUUGUACAAUAAUGUGAACUGCAGUUGUAAGAAUUUUAAGUUGGAUAAUUCUUGGUUAUGCUGAUAACUGGCAUAAAAAGAUUUUGAACCCAAAUAUAUGAUGCCAUCAUAGAAUGUAUUGAAAAUUGUUCACAGUUAUUUUCCCAUACAUUUUUUUUACAGAUUUAAGCAGAUGUGCCAAAUAAUUAUUGUAAUCUCACACUAACUUGUAUUAAAUGGAAAAAUAUACUUUGUUCUUCUGUCCUCCAUCUUUGUACUGUCUUUUCAACUGUGCUAUUUUAUUUAGUUCCUUUUAAUGUAUUAUUGUAAAACUUUCUUAUGCAAGUUGUCUAAAAUAAACUGCUUCGAAAUGGAAAACCA